CUGGAUUCUGCCUUCUUUUUCUUCAGGCUGAAACUUGCUCCAGAAUCAGGCCAAAAUAAAAAAAUAAACUUCAUCAGAACAAGGGUGGCAAAGAAAAUAACCAGGGAAAGAAAACGAUGGCGCCAGUACUCUCUAUUCCUGAAAAUGUUCAGAACCUAUGGGACGCAUGGAGUAUUAGAGGAUUCAUCAUUAUAAGCUUCUCUGUGCAGGCCUUCUUACUUCUGCUUGCACCGUUUAGACAGACAAUUCGCAGUUGGGGAAAAUGGGUUAUUUGGCUCCCGUACUUGUUCGCGGACUGGGUUGCUGUAUUUACCAUCGGAUUGAUCGUCCAGCACAAGAGUUCCACAAUGGACGGCCCUCCUAGUGACAUCUUGGCUUUCUGGGCACCCUUUCUCUUGUUGCACAUUGGCGGUCCAGACAACAUUACCUCUUAUUCUCUAGAGGAUAAUAAGUUAUGGCAAAGAUACUUGCUGAAGCUGGUGCUACAGCUGGGUUUUACCAUCUAUGCCAUUUUAACGUCCCUCUCAAGGUACGAGCUUUACUUGGCAACUCUCCUCGUGUUAUUUGCUGGCGUGGAAAAAUAUGUUGAGCGAAUUGUUGCUUUUCAUCGUGCAAGUUUAGACCAUUUCGGAGAAAAAUGGCAGGAAACUACUGCUAUAGAUGGAAUUCACAUUCCAGAACAAUUCAAAGGCGUGAAGAACAACGGAGGGAUAUUACAAACUGCAGUUCUACUCCUUGGCAGUUUAAAGGGUAUAAUCAUUGGCCCUGCUCCAAAGAAAGAGGAGCAAGACAAAAUCACAAGGAUUUUUCAUCCUGACCAAAGUAGAAGUUGGUGUGGUGCGCUUCGAAUAAUUGAGAUUGAGCUAAGCCUCUUGUAUGAGCUUCUUCACACCAAGUUGCCUGUGAUUGCUUCAACUAGUGGAUUUAUAUUCCGUAUGGCCAAUUUCAUUUGCAUCUUGGUAGCCUUGCUUUCAUUCUCAUUAGUUAAGAAGCACCACCAGUUGGGGUUGGUGCCAUUCCCUUGUAAUACACAUGUGGGAAAUCUUAACAAGGAGACCAUUCUUGUUAAUUGGUCCCCUCCUCCAGAAGGGUACAUCAAAUUAAAUUCUGAUGGCUCUGCUUUAUCUAAUCCUUGGCCAAACGGGGGGCUGGAGGGGUUUUUAGGGAUCAUUUGGGUAACUGGCUGCUCAGUUUUAUGCGGAAUGUGGGUUAUUCUACUGCUCUGGCAGCCGAGCUUUGGGCCAUUAGAGAUGGAUUGAAACUGGCUGUGGAUAGGGGCUUCAUGAAAAUUAUUGUUGAAACUGACUCUAAAGUUGCCCAUAUUUUACUUAAUUCAAAUAGUCAUCAAUUCCACUCACUUGCAGCUCUACUGGAUGAUUGCAGGAUGUUGGUGUCUCAGCUCCAAGACGUGCAAAUUAAGCACAUAUAUCGUGAAGCGAACAUGGUCGCUGACAAUCUAACUAAAGCAGGAUGUAGUCUUACCUGUCCUUUUGUUAUUUUGGAUCAAUGUACUACUGAUGCUAGAAUGCUACUGUACUCUGAUAUUAUAGGGAACCCAGUUCCCAGGUCUGUACCAACUUGCUAAUCUUUUAUCUAUAUAUUCUCUCCUUC